AUGAGAGAUAGAGGUCCGCUAGGAGUGUGGAUGGUCGAUAGAGCAGGCGGCGUAUCCCAAAUCCGAAUCGACACUAACCACGACCAUCGUCGUCGCCCACCCCAACCAUCGCCAUCGUCGCAGCCGUCGCCGCCGCUAUCGUGUCUCAUUCGUGCGGCCGCGAGUGUCCUCUCAAAGGACUCUUAUGCCAGCGACACGAGAGUGUCGGGUUAUGAGGGAGAUGCGUAUGAAUGA